GGAUAAACCUCUUUUGGAGGAGGAGAAAAUAGAGGGAGGGAGGGGGGCUCAAUGUGUGUGUCUGCAUGCCCCCUACCACAGCCCUCUACCCCCUCUUACAGGACUGCCAGCCCGUCUAGAGUUAUUCCAGGAAUGCGUUGAACAUGGCUGCCGCGAUGAAGGCGCAGAAAACGGGACUGCUGGAACUUCGAGUGACCGUGGACCGCUGGAUCCGGGUACUGGCUACACUUACCGAAGGUAGUCUCACGUUAAACCCCGGUGAGGGCACCGAAGAACCCGCGAAGCCAAACCCGAGUCCCGCCGGUGCUAUUAACGGAGACCCCCCGAACCUCAGCUCGUCCCCGGUCCCGGAAACCAUCACCAACGUGAAGCGCACGGUGCGAGUUACCAAGCAAGAUGUUGGCGGGCUCGGAAUCAGUAUCAAAGGUGGCAAGGAAAACAAGAUGCCAAUCCUCAUCUCCAAAAUUUUUAAAGGCCUGGCUGCUGACCAGACCGAGGCCCUUUAUGUUGGUGAUGCUAUACUCUCUGUCAAUGGUUACGACUUACGAGAGGCCACACAUGACGAGGCUGUGCAAGCGUUAAAAAAAACCGGGAAAGAAGUCAUCCUUGAAGUGAAGUACAUCAAGGAGAUGUCUGCCUUCUUUAAAAGCUCUGGGUCCCCUGGAGCAGGUCUCCCGUGGGAUUCUCCCCCUUCCACACCUCAAAGGGGCACUGAGCUCUCCCCUGCUGAGGUGAAGGAGCCCCGGAGCAUCCCGCUGAAGAUGUGCCAGGUGUCACGAAAACAGUGCCCUCCAGACACAGAAAACAGGUAUUUUGAGGUGAUUUCAUCCAACAGAAAGAACUCUGUGUUCCUGAGGGCAAAAGACCCUGCCAUGGCCCAAUCCUGGUACAAUGCCAUCCAGGCUGGUGCUGCCAGCCUUUUACCACGAGUGAAGGAGGAGAUGAGGAGCAUGCAGCCUGGCAUGGAAGUCAAACAUCUGGGCUGGAUUACAGAGCAGGUAUCUCAGGGUCCAGAGAAACCCAUACUGGCUGUGCUGACUGACAAGGACCUGCUCUUGUAUCCCUCGUGUCCUGAAAGCAAAGAGAGCCUCAACAAUCCGACAAAGAGCCACCCGCUCAUCACCACCAGACUGGUCCAUUCUGGUCCAGGAAAAAGCUCUCCAGUCUUGGAUUCUGAGCUGUCAUUUGGCCUACGUUCAGGCACAAAGCAAGGCGUGGAGACACAUGUUUUUAGGGUGGAUUCUGCUAAGGAGCUGUCGACCUGGACUCAUCUGCUGGUGGAGGGUUGCCACAAUGCUGCUGAGCUUACCAAGGAGGUCACCACGGUCUGCAGUUGGAAUGGGAAAGAGUGCAUGCUGGGAGUUCACAUCGAUGAGGGUUUUACACUAUUCACCGAAGAAAUGGGUGUCAGGAAGAAUAUUCUCCUCCAGCAGCCUUUUGAGCGCCUCAGAAUGUCCUCAGACGACGGCGUUCGGAUGAUGUUCCUUGAUUUUGGAGGUCCCGAGGCUGAGAUACAACUGGACCUGCAUUGUUGCCCUAAGACCUUAGUCUUCAUAAUCCACUCUUUCCUGUCUGCUAAGGUCAAGCGACUUGGUCUCUUGGCGUGAUAAAGGCCAACUAUCCGGAACGUCACAAUAGGAAUAUUCAAUAAAGUUUAUGGUACAGCCUGGGAACUCUGAAACUCCAGAUGAUGGGGGGCUUGGAAAUGAUGCUGACAAGCCUUCCUAAGCCUCUAAAAAUCAUCUUUGGUCAGGCAUCUCCUGAUCCUUCUAUGGAAUGAACUGCAACAAUGCAACGAUGGUUGUUUGUUGGACUUAAAUUUGUAAGGUAAAAGUUGGCGCAAGUCAGUAGUCACUUAAGGGAGCUUGCAUCUGUCAAAUCUGUCACAGUAUGUCAUGACACUUUGUGAUGACAAAUUGUAUGAGUACGACUGCCUGUAUCUUAACGUUUCUAAGCUUAAAGCCCCAGAUGUUCGUUUUUUGUCAUCACAUUUUUUAUUUUCAUUUCAUAAGUCAAGAUGGGCCUUUGUCUUGAGAAUCUUUUCAUCUUUCAGUCUUUGCUUUAUGUGCUGUGAACAAAAUCAUUUUGUUGUGAAUAACAAAAGUUAUUUCACAAAAGUCCUGAUUGAUGUUGGACAAACAUUUUCAUAAAGGCAGCUCGAAUGGAGUGACAGGAUGACAUGUCUGAUCGCUACAUAAUCAAUAGUCUGUACUGAACAAUGUACAGAAUGGAGCUAUUAUGAUAUGCUGUUCAUGUGGAUUCUUGCCAAUACCCUGAAAUUUUUCAUGCGUUUUAAGACGACCUCCAAAAGAAAAGUAAAAUUGAUUUUUCAGUGUAGCUGAAAAACAACUUUCAUUUCUCCUUUUUCUAUGUAAAGUACAAAAAGUAAAACCAUAUAUUUAAAAAUGCUAUUUUUCUGUGUUUAAACUACAAAAUAUUCAUACCAAAUACAAACCUGCAGUGCUUAACAAUUUUAUUAGACCAUCACCUGAUGUAAGGUUUAUGCCACAGCUUCCCUGAAUUAACAGUUUUGAUAUUUACCAAAAUCGUAUUUCAUGUUUCUGUAAUGGUUAAUCCACCAAUAAGUUCUCUAAUCAAAAUAUUUAUAAUGCUACAAUAUCAUAUGUGUUAUUCAUGAAUUUUCAAAUUUACUGUUCAUAAAAAAGCUGAAAAAGUGCAAAAGCGCAUUAUUAUUUUUGAUUAACAUGCCAAAUCACAGUUAUUUACUUGGAUUUCUCAACAGAAAAAAAAAAAUCUCAGUGGUUGAACGUUAUGCUUCAUAAACUUCUAAUUUCUGAGAGAGAUCCAGUGUGCCAGCGCAGAUUAAGGCAUUUGGCUUGUUUCUUGACUAAUAAUUAGCAAUAUAUUUUUAAAACACAUUUUUGACAGAUUUGUGAAAUAUUUGUGUUUUCUUGUUUUUAUGACAGGUCGUGUAAUAAAUUUGCUAAGCAGUGUAUCUUAAGUAUCAAUGGCCUUAAUCAGUCUUGGCCUUUUUUGUCAGUAACAUAAACAAAAUGACACAUUUUUCCUGUGUUUCACAGCACUGACAAAGGUUUUCAUUAUCAUUUAUAGAUGACAUACAGCCAGCUUAACCAUACUUCUCUAUGGAUAUGGAGUUUAACUCUUACUUUAUGAUUUAAUGUCUUUGUUAAGUACUGUAUUCUUAAUACAGAGGGAAAGUACAGGCUUGGAAAGUUUUGCCACGGUCUUUGUAUAUGGAAAUGUAGGGUUGGUCACUCUUGUCUUGUUAUCUGUGCUGACUGAACAUCUGCAAUUUGGGGCCUUCUUUCUUCUUUGAACACUAAACAGACUUCUAUUAACAUAUAUAUAUGUAUAUAUAUGUAUAUAUGUAUAUAUAUAUAUAUAUACAUAUAUAUACAACUAAAAUUGUUUGCUUUCAAGAAUAAAAUGUAUUGUAUAUUCUUAUUUAAACAAAGGUGUGCCUUGCAGGGUUAUUUGUAUAUAAACAUGUAAUAAACUUUAAC